CAUGGCAACCGUAAACCACCAACAGCGCAUAGAGUUGGCUGAGCAUCUUUCCAGCGUUCGCCACUUCGUUUCAAACUAAAACUUUAGUUCUUCCAGACUUAGAAUUGACAUAGCACAAUGUCGGAUGUAGGAUCUGAGGAGUUUGAUGAUGAACUCAGUAAACUCGGGGAAUAUGAAGGGGACAGAAAUGAAGCAGGAGAAAGGCAUGGAGUCGGUAAAGCCGUUCUGCCCAACGGAGACAGUUAUCAGGGACUGUAUGAGAACGGCAAAAGGCAUGGACAGGGGACAUAUCGCUUCAAGAAUGGGGCAAGAUAUGUGGGAAACUAUUACCAGAACAAGAAGCAGGGUCAAGGCACCUUCUACUAUCCAGAUGGCUCUAAAUAUGAAGGGUCGUGGGUUGAGGACCUGAGACAGGGUCACGGCGUCUACACUUACCCCAAUGGAGACACAUAUGAUGGGGAGUGGCUGCAUCAUAUGAGGAACGGUCAGGGUAUCUACCACUACCAUGAGACUGGCUCAAAGUACAAGGGCUCAUGGGUGAAUGGCAAUAUGGAUUCAGCUGGAGAGUACAUCCACUCUAACCACAGAUACAAGGGUAACUUUGCCAACAAUAAUCCGUAUGGCCCGGGGAAGUAUGUGUUUGAUAUCGCAUGUGAGCAACAUGGUGAAUACCACCCAACGGAGCAGGACAGAACUGAGGGCGAAUGGGGCGAGUUGUCCUCCACCGCAGUCCUCAAGUGGAUUCCCAAGUGUGUCACCGGCCUGACGCUGUGGACUCCAGGCCAUGAGACUUCAGGUGAACUUUAUCAACCCAAAAUGGCAGUCAGGAGCAGGAUUUUAAAAAUACUGAGUCCAGACUCUCCAAGCAGAAGCCCACCCCUCCUAGACUUUUUUGUCUAGCCACCAACCGUACUCUGUAAAAAUUGUAUGUGUAUUUAAAAAAUUAACAAGUAACACAUUUUGUUUAUUUACUUAACUGUUAAAUCACUUUUUUUGGAAAGUGUAUAUUGUAUUUCCCUACAUAAUGGUUUAAAUAUUGUUUCAAAGCCUUCUGUAAACUGCCAGGUACGUAUGGAUUUAAUUAAUCUAUUAGAAUCAGCCUUAAAAAUUUCAGCAUGUGUUAUAUGUGUGUAUUUAUAGAAGACCAACUCGUGUUACAAAUUCCCUCAAAUAUUAGUUUGAUACUCUCGACAUAUCUGUCUCUACUUCU